AUGGAGUUCCUAUUUCUAGUUCUCUCCACCGUUAUUUUCUUCUUCCUCCUCUUCCAAGGCCUUGAUCUCCACCGUAAACGGAGAAUGCCGCCGGGACCUGCUGGCCUUCCCAUCAUCGGAAACCUUCUUGACCUGGGACCAAAACCCCAUGAAUCCCUAGCCAAACUCUCUAAGAAACACGGUCCACUUAUGACCAUUCGAUUGGGGAGCAUCACCAGCGUGGUGGCCUCCACCCCCGAUGCCGCCAGAGAAAUCCUUCAACGCAACGAUGAAGCCUGCUCCGGCCGCCUUAUCCCAGACGCCGUCACCGCCUUGGACAACCAUGACGCCGCCGUACUUUGGAUCCCACCAAACGAAGAGUGGAGGACCAUCAGAAAAGCCCUCAACACGUACCUCACCCACCAACACAAACUCGACACCCUCCGUGACCUUCGCCAGAACGUGGUGGAGGGAAUGCUGGACUUCCUCCGGGACUCCAGCCGGAAAAACGAGGCUGUGGACAUCGGAAAACUGGCGUUCGCGGUGGCACUCAACCAGAUGUCCAACACAUGCCUUUCACAGAACGUGACGAGCUACGAUUCCGAUGAUAUCGGAGGGUUUAAGACGGCAGUAAAGACAUUGAUGGAGGUGGACGGAAAGUUUAACAUUGCAGACAUAUUUCCGGUGCUGAAGCCGUUGGACCCCCAGAACAUACGACGGCAGGCGAAGGCGGCUUAUGAUUGGUUCGAUACAGUGACAGAAGGGUUUAUAAAGGAGAGGUUAGAGCAUCGAGAAUCGAAGCUUCCAAGGUUUGGUGAUAUGUUGGAUUCACUGUUGGAUUACAGUGAAGAGAAUGAAACUGAGUUCAACCUCAUACACAUCAAGACUUUACUUGUGGAUUUGUUUCUAGCGGGAACAGAAACGAGUUCAAAUACAACAGAAUGGGCAAUGACCGAAUUGUUGCUUAACCCUGACAUGUUCUCAAGAGUUCGCCAAGAAGUCUCCACAAUAGUGGGAAAAGAUGGGAAGAUAGAAGAAGCCAAAAUCCUCAAUUUGCCUUAUUUACACGCCGUCAUUAAAGAAACAAUGCGUCUUCAUUUAUCUGUGCCUUUAUUGGUGCCACACAAAACUGAAACUAAAGUUAAACUUGGUGAAUAUAUUGUGCCAAAAAACACUCAAAUUCUAGUGAACGCAUGGGCCAUAGCACGGGAUCCAAGAUAUUGGGAAAACCCAACGACGUUUAAGCCCGAACGGUUUCUGAAAGACGAGCUUGACUACAAGGGUCAGCAUUUUAAGUAUUUACCGUUUGGAUCGGGACGAAGGAUGUGUCCCGGAAUACCCUUGGCUCAUCGGGUGGUAAGUUUGAUGGUUGCGUCCUUCGUGUAUCAUUUUGAUUGGAAGCUUCCUCACGCCAGAGAAGAGAUGGACAUGAAUGACAUUUUCGGGCUUACAUUGCUUAGAGCAACACCUCUUGUUGCUACCCCUAUACCCAUGAAUACCUCAUAA